CACUUGGACACUGCCACUCUAACUUCAGGAUAAGGCUCGCAACUGGUGAUGCUAACCCAACUCCUUGCUCGCCCUCAGUCAUCGCCAUUCUAACCAGAGCUCUCUUGUCACAUCCUGGAACAUCACCACCUUGAUCACACAAAUCAGGCCCAUCAAGUUUUGUGGAAGCUAUGGCGGCGGUGUCCAUGACGCGCGCCUUGAGUGCUCCUUCACUGGCAAGCUCCUUCUCCUCAAAUGUGGCGUCGUCCCCAUUCGUGUGUGGGAAUGCUGCCGUUUCAGUGCCGCCACGAGCUACUAACCCGGCAACUACAACCAAGGUCGGAGUGAGGUGCCAUGCAUGUGACAAAGACGAAGUGGCAGUGGGCCGAAGAGAGGUCUUCGUUGGUCUCUCUGCUUCAGUGGCAGCAGGUGGAGUGUGGACUUCGGUUGCUGGAGGUGACGAAGCACAGGCUGCUGACAUUAUUCAAAGGCAGCAGCGCGGCAUUUUCCUCACGAACGUGAAGGAUAAACUCAGAGUGGAGAUAGCUGCAAACCCGGAGUAUAUUCCAGAUCUUCUCAAGUUAGCGCUUAAUGACGCCUUGACUUACGACAAGGAUUCGAAGAGUGGUGGAGCUAAUGGAUCGGUGCGUUAUGAGCUGAACAGGCCAGAGAAUAAAGGGCUGGAAAGGGCACUCAGCUUCCUGGAAAAUAUCAAGAAAACUAUAGAUGAAGCAGCUGUGACCUUGGGCGGCCCCAUUUCGUAUGCGGACCUUAUUUCGAUUGCUGCUCAAUCUGCUGUAAAGCGCACGUUCAUCCAAGCAGCCGUUCGCAAGUGCGGUGGUGACCAAAAGAAAGGGGAGCAGUUGUACACCGCUUAUGGCUCGACUGGGCAGUGGGGUCAGUUUGACAAGCUGCUGGGCCGAGCUGAUGCUUCAGAGGCUGACCCUGAAGGCAGGGUCCUUGCAUGGGAGACUGCCUCUACCACCGAGAUCAAAGAUAGGUUCGCUGAACUGGGCAUCAAGCCGAGACAGAUUGCUGUCUUAUCAGCUUUCUUAGGGCCUGACCAGUCUGCUACAGAAGCCAAGUUGGCCACCGAUCCUGAGUUUGCACCAUGGGUGAAAAAGUACCAAGAAAGCAGGGAAACUGUCUCACAGACUGACUAUGAGGUGGAUCUGAUUACGACAUUCACAAGGUUGAGUGUCCUAGGCCAAAAGAAUAUCAACUAUGAAGCAUACUCAUACAAGCCAAAGGGUACCAUAAAAUUUUAGAUGGAUGGUGUUGAUCUUGCAGCUCGUUCUCACAGCCGUGCCUACAUGAAGAGUGCCAAUUUAGUGCAGAUUAAGGUCGUGGAUUCAGAGUUUUCGAAAGUCUUGAAGUGCCAUGGUUCUGAAGAGCUGCUUUGUAAUCUUUGCACAAGUAAGCAGGAUGUCUCUGGGUCUUGUUGUUAGGUCACUCACAUCAAGAGCAAUCGCAUGGAUU